GGCCGCCGGCCCUCCCAGGCAGCAGCCCGGUGUAGCAUCACUUUACCCAAAUUACAUAUACAACCACAUUCGAUGUUUUCUGCAGAACCUGGGUUUCCUUUCUUUGAUAUUUUAAGCAGGAUUGAAAAUCUGAGAGAGGUUUUGGGCAGAAAAAAAAAUGGGGCUUCGUUUGACUGUACUGAGCAUGCUCCGAUGCUUAUGAGCAUGCUCAGAUGGUGCAGGUGCGGCAGAGCUCGUCGAGGGGCAAGGUAAAGUGAUGCCUCACUGGCAGCCUGUGCUUCGGCAGGGCGAGUCUGGCGGUGGAAUCCGGAGGGACAAGGCAGGAGGAGGGUUACAGGGAGCGAGCGGAGACUCCUAGAAGGAGCCCAAGAGGAGGGGGAAGGCUCUGCACAGGAAGAGACGCCUCCCCCCCAUGGUCCGCCCCCCAGAGAGUUUGAUGACCUUUGAGGUGGAUGUGAAUUUCUUGGAGGAGUAGUGAGCUCUGCUGGAUCCAGGCCAAAGGGCUCUGCACAGAGACCAGAUGGAGGGAAUCUGUGGGCAUCUGGCCUCUCUGGAUGAUGAAGAGGAAACCGAGAGAGAAUUUGAACAGCAGAGAAGGAAGACAGAAGGAAAAAAUGAUGGGGUUAAGAAAUCAUCUGCUACUGAGUGCUCUGACUUUCCUGACAUUCCAAUCCAACAAAAGUGCUAUGAAGGAAAUGAAAAUAAUGAAUAUUUUCCAUGUGAAAAAACCCUAACCACUAAGUCAAGAUGUAGCCGUAAUAACAGAAUCCGUACAGGUGAAAAAACAUAUGAAUGUGGUGAGUGUGGAAAAAGCUUCACUCACAACUCGAGUCUUAUUACCCAUCAAAGAAUCCACACAGGGGCGAAACCAUAUAAAUGCUUAGAAUGUGGUAAGAGCUUCAGCCAAAGCGCCACCCUUACUUCCCAUCAAAGAAUCCAUACAGGAGAAAAACCAUAUCAAUGCUCAGAAUGUGGAAAGAGCUUCAGCCGGAGUGCAAACCUUACUUCUCAUAAAAUAAUCCACACAGGGGAGAAACCAUGUAAGUGUUAUGAAUGUGGAAAGAGCUUCAACAAGAGUGCAAACCUUACUUCCCAUCAAAGAGUGCACACAGGGGAGAAACCAUAUCAGUGCUCAGGAUGUGAAAAGGCCUUCAGGAACAGGGGUAACCUUGUUAUACAUGAAAGACAGCACACAGGGGAGAAACCAUAUCAGUGCUCAGAGUGUGGAAAGAGCUUCAUAGAGAGCACAAAGCUUAUUUCCCAUCAAAGAAUCCACACAGGGGAGAAACCAUAUAAAUGUAUGGAAUGUGGAAAGAGCUUCAGCCAUAGCCGGAGUCUUACUGGCCAUCAAAGAAUGCACACGGGAGAAACCAUAUCAAUGUACAGAAUGUGAAAAGACCUUCAGGAACAAGAGUAACCUUGUUAUCCAUGAAAGACAGCACACAGGGGAGAAACCCUAUGAGUGCUCAGAGUGUGGAAAGAGGUUCCGGGAGACCUCAGCCCUUAGUAUCCAUCAAAGAAUCCACACAGGGGAGA